AUGGUCAGAGGAAUUGAAGGUGUCACACUCGAUGCGGAUGGAAAUGCGGUCAAAGAAUGGGAUCCCUUUCUGCCGCGUCCACCUUCUAUGCGAGAUGUGGAAGCUGAUAGAUCUACAUCCGAACAAGUUGCUGUAUUCGGUGCCAAUACCAAGGAAGGAACUACACUUGUUCGGAUGAUGUCGGAGAAAGGAUUGAGGGUUGUAGCAGCAGUGCGUGUUAUCAGGUCAAAUAAAACAAAGCAACUCAUUGGUCUCCCAGGAGUUACAGUGAAGCAGGCGGAUGCAAAUGAUAGAGCUUCGCUGCUAGCCGCGUUGAAGGGCUGCACUAGGGCAUUUGCAGUUACACGAUACUGGGGAAAGUUCGAUGGUGCUAUUGAACAAACGAUGGCAAACAAUAUCUUGGACGCAUGUGCUUCUGUGAACCCACCGGUGAAGAACAUGGUCCUUGCUACAUUUGAAGAUUUAGCAGCGCUGGAGUCGAGAGGGCGGAAGUCACAGAUUGUGCCCACGAAAGAUGGUAGAAUCUUCCCCGAUUUUAGUGGGAAGAGCAAGGUAGACACUGUUGCAAAGAAAAAAGGAGUGAACAUUACCCACAUGAUGACUUCCUUCAAGGAUGAGGAAGGCAACAAAAAGUCUCUCAUUCUGCUUCGAGGUAUGAACAAGCGAAUUGUAGUGAAUUCGCACAUCAAUGAGUAA